UAAGCAAAGCAAAGCACCACAAUGAUCUGGAAAUCAUCAACCACAUCACCCACAAAGCACAAGAAAGACAGAGACGAGCGAGCGACCCACCAUCACUGAGCAAAAAGCAAGAGCACAGAUCCAGAGUCAGCUAAAAAGCGAAAGAGCUAGCCUCUUCCAUUUCGAGAAUCAAGGAAGACCCCCAUUACCUCUCCCUUUGCUGAACACGAUAAAAGAUGCGACCUUUCCGUGUUCCGGACGCCCGCAGCCGCCUCCACCUCCAUCCCUCAUUGCCCUGACGUCGAAACUCGCCGACGUCGGCACCAUCUCCUUCUUCGAUCGCGGCGGUUGAAAGAAAUCAAUAAACCGGGAGUGGGAGCCGGAGUCUCCUCGACCUGCCAUGUCGGUCUCCUGCGGCGUGGAGUGCGUGGUGAUCCUGGGCUUCUCCCGGUGGGUCUGGAAGCGCUGCACCUACGUCGGCUCCGACGACAGCGCCACGUGGCCCCCCGCCACCCCCGACGAGUUCGAGCCCGUCCCCCGCGUCUGCCGCCUCAUCCUCGCCGUCUACGAGCCCGAUCUCCGCCACCCUAAGUUCCCCCCCUCCGGCGGCUACCGCCUCAACCCCGACUGGCUCGUGAAGCGCGUCACCUACGAGCAGACCCUCGGCCAUGCCCCGCCCUACAUCAUCUACGUCGACCAUGACCACCGCGAGAUCGUCCUCGCGAUCCGCGGUCUCAACCUCGUCAAGGAGAGCGACUACCAGCUCCUGCUGGACAAUCGGCUCGGCAUGCAGAUGUUUGACGGGGGCUACGUCCACCACGGGCUGUGGAAGUCCGCGAUUUGGCUGUUGAAUGAGGAGUCGGAGACGUUGAAGAGGCUGUGGGUGGAGAACGGGUCGAAUUACGACAUGCUUUUUGCGGGGCAUUCCCUCGGGUCCGGCGUGGCUUCUCUCUUGGCGGUGAUCGUGGCCAACCAUGGGGAUAAUCUGGGUGGAGUUCCGCGGAGUAAAGUGCGGUGUUACGCGGUGGCUCCGGCGAGGUGUAUGUCGCUUAAUUUGGCGGUGAAGUAUGCUGACGUGAUUCACUCUAUAAUCUUGCAGGAUGAUUUUUUACCACGAACUGCUACUCCGUUGGAGGAUAUUUUCAAGUCAAUUUUCUGCUUGCCAUGCUUACUGUUUGCCGUCUGCCUGAGGGACACGUUUGUACCGGAGGGUAGGAAGCUCAGAGACCCGAGGAGACUUUAUGCACCUGGAAGAAUGUAUCAUAUUGUAGAAAGAAAAUUCUGCAGAUGUGGGAGGUUUCCUCCAGAAGUAAGAACUGCUAUUCCGGUUGAUGGGAGAUUCGAGCAUAUCGUCUUAUCUUGUAAUGCCACAUCUGAUCAUGGAAUUAUAUGGAUAGAAAGAGAAGCAGAAAAGGCUUUGCAAAGAAUGAGGGAAAGCAGUGCCAAGACCGUAACAACUGCUCCAAGCAUACAAAAGAUCGAGAGGUUGAGGACGAUAGAGAAGGAACAUAAAGAUGCACUGGAAAGAGCAGUGAGCUUAAACAUUCCCCAUGCCGUGACCUCUCUGGACGAGGAAAACCCAGAUUCAAAUCCUCAAGAGGAAAAGUCGCAGCCUUCACGGGAAGAAAAGUCUGCUGAUGUCGUCCUGGAUGACAAAGCCAGGCCUCACGAUGCGAGGACCAAUUGGGAUGAAGUUGUCAAGAAGGUCAUGAAGAGAGAUAAAUCAGGGAAGCUAAGUCUUAAGAGAGAAACAAAUGACCCAACGUAGCGCUUCGGGCAUUCUUCUUCUCCGGACUUUGCUUUCCGGGGCGCGUCCUUCAUUGGAUCUAUCCUUUUCAUUUUUAUGGGGGCGUAUUAACUUGUCCUUUUGGCGGGAACAGGAUUCUGCAGAAUCCUUCUGCAGCUCGUGAUCCUUAGAUUCUCAAUGAUUCUUUUACGGCUGUUCGGCCUCUCGUCGUUGUUACUUCUUUCUUGCCGCUUCUUUUUUUCGCUGUAUAGCAUUCUACAGAGAGUGAAUCGGCUGUGACGGAUAAGGUGAACUCAUUUACCAUACUUUAGGUGGUUGCAAUACCUUUAGAGAAGUGAUGCUGGAGGAAUGGUGCCUGGGUUCAUCAUUGAAAAUGAUCUUCACAUUUGGUGUGUUCUGUUUAGCUACCUAAACCGUUAGCUCCUAUGGUUCAUUUUACUCGUCAAUAAUCACUAUUAACAUCAUUUAUUAAAUAAAAUUGGUACAUUCGUUAGUAUA